AUGUGGAUCCAGGUCCGCACCAUAGAUGGGAAGGAGACGAAAACUGUGGAGGAUCUCUCUCGAUUGACCAAAAUUGAGUUGUUACGGCUGAAAAUUCAGGAUAUCUUCAAUGUGUCCCCCACACAACAACGCCUAUUCUACAGAGGGAAGCAGAUGGAAGACGGUCAGACACUGUUCGACUACAACGUGGGGUUAAACGACAUCGUCCAGCUUCUGAUCCGAGCCCAGUGUGACGUCGCAGACAGCCAUGAGGUCAAGACCCCUGCUCCAAAAACCAUCACGGACAAUAACAGUGAAGCCAAACCAAACACCAGCGAUCAAGGAAGCACCAGAAAUGGAUUUACUACGACUCCAGAACAAGACUCGCAACCACCCACCUCCAGUCGCUGCAUGCUCAUCAAUGCAGGACUUGGAUGUUAUAAGAUUAAUGAACUGGUGGACUGCAGAGACGUCAGCAUUGGCUCCUGGUUUGAGGCGUGUAUUGAGAACGUGACCCUUGCCCCUGCCAAAGUGAAGGUGGGCCGCCCUUCUAAAAAGACCAUAAAGCAGGAGGCAGACCAGGCCCUGACCAUCGACUCCAAGAGGAACAACAAUGGUUCGAACCCAGACGGAGCCUCCACCUCACAGACAAACUCGAUGGAGAACCGACAGGACAUCAUCUACCACAUCAGAUACGACGAUUAUCCAGAGAACGGCGUGGUUCAGAUGGUUCCAUGUAAUGUCCGGCCUCGCGCUCGGACUCUGCUACGCUGGGACGAGCUGACGACGGGGAUGACGGUGAUGGUUAACUACAACAUGGAGACACCAGAGGAAAGAGGCUUCUGGUUUGACGCCGAGAUUCAGACCAUCAACCAAACGUCUCGGACAAACAAGGAACUGAGAGCCAAGAUCCUCAUCGGGGGCCCAGUGGAGGCUGUGGAGGACUGUAAGAUCCACUUCCUGGAUGAGAUCUACAGAGUGGAGCGUCCUGGUGCCACUGCUCUCUCUGCAGCAGACGGACAGUUCAAACGCAAGAGUGGCCCAGAGUGUAAGCACUGUAAGGCCGACCCGGAGGCAGAGUGUCGCUUCUGCUCCUGCUGCGUCUGCGGCGGGAAGCAGGACGCUCACAUGCAGCUGCUCUGCGACGAGUGCAACAUGGCCUUCCACGUCUACUGCUUAAACCCUCCUCUGUCCACCAUCCCCGAUGACGAGGACUGGUACUGUCCCACUUGUAAGAAUGACACAAACGAGGUCGUAAAAGCAGGAGAAAAGCUGAAGGCCAGUAAGAAGAAGGCCAAGAUGCCUUCUGCCACGACUGAGAGUCAAAGGGACUGGGGGAAGGGCAUGGCUUGUGUGGGAAGAACCAAGGAGUGCACCAUCGUUCCACGGACUCACUACGGACCCAUCCCUGGGAUUCCUGUGGGGACCACGUGGAAGUUCAGAGUCCAGGCCAGUGAAGCCGGAGUCCACAGACCUCAUGUGGCAGGGAUCCACGGCCGUAGCCACGAUGGAGCGUACUCACUGGUCCUGGCCGGUGGCUUUGAAGACGAAGUGGACCGAGGAGAUGAGUUCACGUACACCGGCAGCGGGGGACGCGACCUGUCGGGAAACAAGCGCAUCGGAGAACACAGCUUCGACCAGACUCUGACGCACAACAACAGGGCUUUGGCGGUGAGCUGCGACGCACCCUUCAACGACACCGUCGGCGCCGAGUCCCGGGACUGGAGAGCGGGCAAACCAGUGCGGGUCAUACGCAGCUCCAAGGGCAGACGCAUCAGCAAGUACGCUCCUGAAGAAGGGAACCGAUACGACGGCAUUUAUAAGGUGGUAAAAUACUGGCCUGAACUCGGAAAGUGUGGUUAUCUCGUGUGGCGUUACCUGCUGAGACGCGAUGACCAUGAGCCAGCUCCGUGGACCCCAGAGGGACUGGAGAGGACCAAGAAGCUGGGUCUCACUGUGCAGUACCCUCCUGGAUAUCUUGAAGCCAUGGGUAAAAAAAACAAAAAGGACCCGAUUGCCAAACCCGGCUACAGAGGCCGGCACUACACCGGGAAAGGCCGCGGCAGGAAACCACGCGUGUUCAAGAAGGAGGAAGACGAGGAGAAGCUGAUCGCCUGUUUGGACGACGACGAGAUACAGAGCGACGGAGACCAAGUGGAGGCAGAAGACGGCGGUGAUCUGUCGUUGUCUGAGGAGCCUCCGUCGAAGCAGCUGAAGAUGGAGGAGACUUUUGAGCUGACGGAGGAACAGAAGCGGUUAAUCCAAAAUGAUAGCGCCAACUCCAGGCUUUGGGACGAAGCCAUGGAGCACCUGAAGGAGGGGCCGAAGUUCCUGUGUAAACUGGAGCAGUCGUUCAUGUGUCUGUGUUGUCAGGAGCUGGCGUUUCAGCCCAUCACCACCGUCUGCUCACACAACGUCUGUAAGGCCUGUCUGCUGCGGUCGUUUCGAGCACAGGUGUACACGUGUCCUGCUUGUCGUCAUGAUUUGGGGAAAGACUUUCACAUGACCCAGAAUCGGACGCUUCAGACUCUGCUCGAUCAGUUCUUUCCCGGCUACAGCAAAGGCCGAUAA